AUGGCCCAGCCGUCCGCGGGAAGAACGCAUUCCAACGUCAAAGGAGCCCCGGAUUAUGACCAUGCGACUUACUGGGACAUCAAGUUCGCGACCGGCCAGGAUGUUGGCGAAUGGUUGAACUCGGGCGACGCCGUGCUCGAGGCGGUUCUGGCGGGUUUGGAAGAUCGGUACGGUGGCUCGGGGAUGGAAAUCGCCCCUCGAGCAUUGCAUUUGGGCCCUGGCAUUUCGAAACUCGGGACGAAGUUACAGGAGGCAUUUACCAGUCGCGGAUGGUUAAGCAAUGGCAUUGUCAACGUGGAUUUUUCCGCAGAAGCCGUCCGUCUGGGCCAGGAGGCCGAGAAGGACCAGCACCCCUCGCGCGCGAUGCAAUGGAUCCGAACCGAUCUCCGUUCCUGGACCGACGUCGCCAGUCUUACCCCCCUCGCCCCCUUCGACGUGAUCCUUGACAAGAGCACGAGCGACGCCAUCGCCACAGCCGAGCCGCAAGUUUUCAUGCCGUCCCCGGACCCCGUUCUUUGCCCUGCCGUCCGGGAAAUAGUCGAGCAAAACGGAGAAACUGAGCUGUCACCGGUUGAGGUGUUGGCGUUGCACCUUGUGCCUCUGACGCGCGCGGGAGCGACCUGGGCGGUACUUUCGUAUUCGAUGUCUCGGUUUGAUAAUAUUCGGUAUAUUGGGCGAUAUUGGGAGGUCGCCUCGCGGACGCCGUUGAAAGCACCGACCGGGGGCAUUUCGUCUAGUGCGCAUACGCCGGAGGUUUUUCAUUGGCUUUAUGUUUUGCGCCGGAUAUAG